UCCUCUGUCCUCUCUACUCUCUCUCUCAUCGCCGCGAGAAUGGCGUCCGCUCCGAAACAAAAUCCUUCUUCUUCAAAACCUCCAAGAUACCCGUUCACCUUCUCUGCCUCAGUCCCCGCGAAAUCCGGCGGCGGGGAAGAAUCUCAAUUUCGAAACCCUAGCACGAGCACCUUCUUACCGUCGACGUCGAAUUCACCGAUCACGAUGUCACCGGAGGAUCAGAUCCUCGGAAGCUCCACUCACCUCGCGAGACCAGAGCUUCUCCGGCGCCGAUCGCACAACCUGAAGCAGCUAGCCAAAUGCUACAGAGACCAUUACUGGGCUCUAAUGGAGGAUCUCAAGGCCCAGCACAGAGAGUAUUACUGGAAGUACGGUGUGAGUCCUUUCAAAGAAGACAAUCAGAACAAGAGACGCAAGAUUGACGGGGAUGAAAUCGCCGUCGAAGGUAGCGGAGACAACAACGAUAACGACGAUAAGAGUGAUUCGAGUCUGAAAGGAAACUGUGUGGCUUGUGGUAAUGGAUGCAAGUCAAAGGCUAUGCCACUUACUAAUUACUGCCAGCUCCAUAUCCUGUCGGAUAAAAAACAGAAGCUUUACACUUGUUGUACUUUCGUCAACAAAAGAGCGCAGUCAAAAGCAAUAACGUGUCCAAAACCAACACUUGCAUCGACCGUACCUGCAUUGUGUAACGCGCACUUCCAGAAAGCUCAAAAGGAUGUUGUUAAGGCUCUGAAGGAUGCUGGUCAUAACGUUUCUUCUUCAACAAACAAGCCUCCCCCUAAACUCCAUGACAUUGUAGCUGCGUUUGUGCAUCAUAUUCAAGCGAAAAGAAAGAGUCCAGGGAGAGAGAGGGAGAGCAAACUAAGAAGCUCAGUCAAAGAAGAAAUUAUUACAAGCUAAUUGGAACUGUUACAGUUGCAGAGGAAUAACUUGUUUCCACGCUUGGCUGAUCUUUGAUAUGAUUAACGAUAGGCAUAAUAUACGGUAAUCAGCUAUGCCUGAUCAUGAAGAUAGUUUUUACAUUGUGUAGAGAUCUUGGUUACGCAGAACACGUUGACUGUUUUACUUUUCCUUUGGUAAUAUCUUGCAAAGCAGCGCUAAGUUUUUGAACGAGUAGCCUCUAAGAGGUUUUUUUGUGUUGUUCAUUCUGUUUCGCCAUGUGAAUGGUGCUGACAGCCACUGUAGUAAGUUGCUUAGACUAGAUAGCAGUUUGGCCUUUUAUAUGGUAAGCACAUUUUAUA